CCCAUAAACAACUCCGGACUCUCUUUUUCUUCCCGUUCUGAGUUUUAUACGAACGCUCGGAUCCCCAAAAUCGAGAAUUUUCUCGCAGUCGCCCUUUCCCUACACUCUUUUUCCAAUAGUCGCAUCCUCUCUAUCUAGUCGCUGCUGGAUUCGCAGUUGCUGUCGCUCCUUUUUCGCCUUCUUUUCUUUCUUCACUUCGCGUCGACAACAACAAUUAGGAUCGCUUUUCCUUCCCCGGCGCGGGCUCAACGCCACAAGUAUCGCUUCCUUCAAAGAUUCUGAACUUUGCAAGUUUUGAAUAGGCCGAAAAGGCUGGCACUUUCUUUUUUGGGGGCAAAAGGCGACCAGGCACACCUACUCUGGCGACCAUGUCACAUAACGAGGCUCCCUCCUCGAUCGCUCCACGCCGGAGGACUUCCCUUCUAGUUCUAUCUCGACCCAAAACCGCGUUCGAGCAUGCGCCCGAUCAGCGCUCAUUCUCCAGACGCCCUAUAUCUGCUCUGAUGCCUGCUGCCUCUCAUGAUAUGCUGGACUGGUCCAGCUUCAGCCCAAAUCAAGAGGAAGUUGGGGGAGUCCAUCACAGUUCACCCUUCGCAGAUCCCUUUGCGAACUUUUCUGCCGAGCCUAGAGGUCGAGAACCGAUGCAUCAGCGACGCUACUCAACCAUCACCCAGUCCUUUAAGAAUGGAAUAUCAGAGCUCAGGUCGUUAACUCGACGCAUGUCGCUCACUGUCAGGAGCAAACAACCCAAACAAAAGGAGGAAUGGUUAGAGCCCAAGACACCACCCUUGAGAUCUGUCAAGACUACAGACCAGAUGUUAGAUCUGACCGAGGUCGCAUCUGCAAGGCCCAAAUCCCGAGGACGACUUCUCAGAAACCCAAGUGCGCGACGCCGCCCAUCUCUUCCACUUCUAAAUUCAUACCAUCCGCCAGUCACUGCAGAGGCACCAUUCGCACGGGGCAGAGGGCAGCCACUCCUCUCUGACCUCGUCUAUGGUGGAGCUGAGGCAAGGGCUUCCGCAGCUGCCCAGAACGAACGUUUCCACGCUUCCAGGACUCCUCCUCUGCCCCCAUACGAACCUCGAGAAAGCUCGAGUAAACCCGAUGGAGAUGCAGAAAGUGGAAUUGGUAUCAUUCUCGAUGGUCGUGACCGUAGAGGAUCUUCUCCAGCCAGCCCACAUGUUCCAUGUCGAGAUCCUGCUUCGGUCCUGGCGACAGAGCUUGUUGAGAACAUUUUAUCCUUCCUCGACGUGGAAUCCUUGAUCAGUGCUUCACUCGUGUCUCAGAAAUGGUACGACUUGUGCAAAUCACAGGCUGUCUGGAGAAGAAUCUUCUACCAAGAGUACGGAUGUAAGGUGCAGACCGGUGUCUCCCAUUUCCCUCCAGCAGCUGGACUAGGUAAAAGCGUGCCAGGCCAAGACUUCCGAAAGCUUUUCAAAGUGCGGACCCUGAUCGAUAAGCGCUGGCGCAACGGUGAGGCUGCAGCCAUCUACCUCAAUGGACACAAAGACAGUGUCUAUUGUGCGCAGUUUGACGAGCACAAAAUCAUUACCGGGUCGCGCGACAACACCAUUCGGGUAUGGGACGCCCAUACGUACCAAUGCAUUCACAAGCUUGGUCCCCCCAACAAUCCUCGGGAGAGACAGCAACUGGCCUCGGUCGCGGUCGAGCCAAAGGGAGUACUUCCAUUCUUCAAGGCAGAUGUGUGCUCUUCAGACCUCGCCUCAUCGGAAAUCCCAAUGUGGCAUCAGGCUUCGGUAUUGUGUCUACAAUACGACGAUGAAAUUCUGGUCACUGGUUCAUCAGAUUUCUCCUGCAUUGUUUGGUCCAUCAAAGACAACUACAAGCCCAUUUACCGGCUCGUUGGCCAUCACGCUGGAGUUCUUGAUGUAUGCAUUGACAAGAGUCGAAUCAUUACAUGCUCCAAGGAUACCACGAUCAAGGUGUGGGACAGAUCCUCGGGUCGGCUCCUGAAGACAUUGGUCGGACAUCGUGGCCCGGUGAAUGCAGUUCAAGUCAGAGGCAACCUUCUGGCCAGCGCUAGUGGCGACGGUCUGUCGAAGCUGUGGCGACUCGAGGAUGGGGUCUGCAUCAAAGAAUUUCAAUCCAAGGACCGAGGCCUAGCCUGUGUCGAGUUCUCGGAGAAUGGCCGGACCAUCUUUGCGGGCGGAAAUGAUCAGGUCAUUUAUGAGUACGACACGAUCACCGGGAACAGGAUCAGGGAACUCAAGGGUCACCGAAACCUGGUCAGGUCCCUCCAUCUCGACUCGGCCAAUUCGCGCAUCAUCAGUGGUAGUUACGACCAUUCGAUCAAGGUGUGGGAUGCAAACAAUGGGGAAUCCGCAGAUGAUGGUGGGCUCAAGAUCAACUUUGAUGGAUGGACGUCGAGUUGGAUAUUAGCGGCGAAGAGUAAUUAUCGCAAAAUCGUUUGCACGAGCCAAGAUGGGCGCGUGGUGAUCAUCGAUUUUGGUUAUGGUAUUGAAGGCGUUGACUUGGUCGAGGCCUAAAAAUCUCAAUAGGCGUUUGUACGAUUCACGUUGGAUCAGGGCAUUACGAAGCUACGACUAUUGGAGAGGAUAAAAAGAUUGGAAGGCAUUCUACUGCGCACUGUUUUCAACAGGUCUGGAUGGAAGGAGCUUUUUCUCCUAUGUUUAUUUUACAUUGCAAGGUGUUGGCGGACAGCACAAAGUUGGGAUGUGUAUUCCAAAAAGAAGGGUUUGCAAGGUGUCAGGACACUCUUAGACAAGGACAACGGUUGCAUGGUAUUUGUGGCUUCAAGAUUUGCUAUUGUUUGGGUCUCGUACUGGUGUCUCAUACAGACUCAGGGCUGACAGAAGGCCGAUAAGAAGACAGGGGGCGAGACUCGGGGCUAAUGCAGGGAGUGGCUUCAGGAGACGUUUGGGGUGUUCCAAGUCCCUGUCAGCGACGAGCUGUCUGUCUGGCAAAGGCGAGAUGUGUACUGUAGAUAUCUAAUACUUGUACUUUAUAUCGAGUUGAAGAAUGGCAGGCCAUGUUGACGACACAGUUGCAGACAUUUGCCAUA